AUGCAGCAAUCCAUGCUCCCCCUCGCGCUCCUUUCCCUUCUCGGAAUGUUCAGCCACGCUCUGGCUUUCGACCUCAGCAAGAACGACAACCUCGCGGUCUACUGGGGCCAGGGUGCGAACCAGAAGCCUCUCGCGGCCUACUGCGCCGACGACACCAUCGACGUGAUCCCCAUCGCGUUCCUUACCUCCUUCACCGGCGCCGGAAACCUUCCCUCGCUCAACGUCGGCAACGCGUGCGGCGGCACCUUUGCCGGCACCGAGCUCCUCCAGUGCAACUCCCUCGCGGCCGACAUCAAGACGUGCCAGAGCAAGGGCAAGGCCAUGCUCCUCUCGCUCGGCGGCGCCGACACCGGCAACGUCGCGUUCACCUCCGACGCCACCGCGAAGGCUUUCGCCGACUUGAUUUGGAACCUCUUCCUCGGCGGAUCCAGCCAGACUCGCCCCUUCGGUGAUGUCAAGCUCGAUGGCCCAAUCCGCAGCGUCGACCUCGACAUCGAGAGCGGGAACGGCGCGCACUUCGCCGCGUUCGUCACCGAGCUCCGCUCCAAGUUCACCUCGGACUCGUCCCAGACCUACUACGUCACCGCCGCGCCCCAGUGCCCCCUCCCCGACGCGGCCAUCGGCGCCGCGCUCACCGCCGCCCACUUCGACGCCGUCUUCUUCAACAUGGAGGCGUGGGACAGCUGGGCGAAGACGCAGUCGUUCAACAAGGACGUGAAGGUCUACAUCGGCGCCCCGGGCUCCCCCAGCGCGGCCGGCUCUGGCUACGUCGACCCCGCCACGCUCGCGAAGAUCGCCAACAACGCCCAGAAGCAGUACUCGUCCAUGGGUGGUGUCAUGCUGUGGGACGCCGUCACCGCGUACAACAACCAACGCUACGACCAGGCCAUCAAGAAGGCUAUGACCGGCUCCGGCUCGUCUGCCCCCGCGUCCUCUAGCCAAGCCACGUCCUCGUCCUCUAGCCAAGCCGCGUCCUCGACCAAGACGGGCUCUGCCUCUUCGACGAAGACCACUACGGCCGACUCCUCGUCCACGCAGACCGGCUCCGCCACCUCCGCCCCGACGAGCCGCGGUCACCGGUCUCGGACGCGCACCAACUGGCACCACCGCUCGACCUCCUCGGACUUUGGUCACACCGUCCGCGUCGGCGAUGGUCCUUCCUCGUCCGGGUCCUCAGCCGCUUCCGAAACCUCGAAGGCCAGCGUCUCCGCCUCCUCCACCGACUCCGCCUCCGCGUCCCCCAGUCCCCGACGACCGGCUCGUGCUCGUCGCGGAAGAUGA